CGGUCGGAGCCUCCAGCCCCGGAGCGCACACGCAUGUUCAGUGGACGCGGAUGGUGCGAAGCCCAGAUGAGGGACUCGGACGUCCGGGAAUGACAGCCGCUGUCACCGGGAGUGACAGCUUUCACUCUGAGCUACUCCGUUAAAAGUCUCCAAGUGACACUCAACACUUGAUCCGGAUCGGAUCCAGCCAGACCAGGACUAUGCCAGAGAUGGAGAAAGGGAGACCACCGGAAAAUAAACGCAGCAGGAAACCCGCGCACCCUGUGAAGAGGGAGAUCAACCAGGAGAUGAAGACUUUUGCAGAAAGCACCAUGAAUGAGCUCCUGGGAUGGUACGGAUAUGACAAGGUAGAUCUCAGAGAGUCUGAGGCCAAUGAGAUCCGAAACUACAGAGAACGGCGUCAGCAUGUGUCUGUGCUAAAAGAGAACUCGUUGCCAAAACCCAAGAGCCUGGACUCUAAAGUCAGUCACUCAGUCCUGGCCAUGAAGAGUGGAGAGAGAGAUUCCUCUAGUGUCCCAUCCUCUUCACCCUCCUCUUCCUCCACAAGUUCCUCCAUGACCACGCCCAAAGAGCACAAGAGUGCCCCUGUCAUUGUCCCCCUUAUAAAGCCAUCAGCAGUGGAAGAUGUACAGAAUGUGCAGAUAGUCUGUGUUUGGUGCCAGAAGGAAGGUGUCAAACGCUACUCGCUCUGUAUGGGAUCAGAGCUGAAGAGCUUCUGCAGUGAGAAGUGUUUUGCUGCCUGCAGACGUGCUUACUUCAAACGAAAUAAGGCCAGAGAUGAAGACCUCCAUGGUGAGAGAUCUCCCCAGCACACCCAUACAGAGGACUCGCCCAGACUGGUGCUGAAGAUAAACAGCAACGUUCGAUCUCUCUCCCCUGUACCUCAGGUCUGUGACUGGUGCAAACAUGUCCGCCACACUAAAGAGUACCUGGACUUUGGAGCUGGUGAGGAAAGACUCCAGUUCUGCAGCACCAAAUGUCUGAAUCAGUACAAGAUGGAUGUUUUCUACAGAGAAGCCCGUGCAGCUCUCACCAGCACCAGCUCAAGCCCGGGAAGAACCAGCCAAGAGGGGAGGUCUGACAGCGGUUCGACCGGGCAGAAGCUCCUCACCCCGGAGUCUUGGAACAGCAGCAACAAUGCAGGAGAAGCCCGCCAUAGAAAUCUUUCUCCUAAGGGUCCUGCACCAGUCCAUGGAUCGGCAGAAUCAACAUCUAUCUCCCCUUCAGAGGCAUCUUUAUCCUCUUCCUCCAAGGUCCCUGUCUCUGGGUUGAGGACCUUGGACAGGCCCAUUCAACCGCCGCCACCUCCCCCUGCUGUGGAAGUGUCACCCCACCCUGCUCCGAUCCCACCCCCACCUCCUCGUCCACCUUUGGAACAUCAGCCAGUACCUCAAAUCCCCAUGCCUUUUAUCAGACCUCCCCUUCAUGCUCAGGGUCUGAAAAGCCCCCUUACCAACCCUCCCAGACACCCAGGUCCCCCUUCCAGCCCAAUGCACAGGCCACCUCAUUCCCCUCACCUGCAGCCCCCCACCUCCUCUUCCAUGAAUCCCCCUGGGCUGAUGCAUCCUUUUCCGGGAGCUUACUUCCCGGGCUUGCACUCGCCUCCUCUCAACAUGAUGCCUAGAGGACCUGUCCCAAUGCCUCCCAUAAUGAACUAUGGUAUUCCAUCCUUUAGUCCACUUCUACCCCAACCCACUGUCCUGGUGCCUUAUCCCAUCAUUGUCCCCCUUCCUGUCCCCAUACCCAUUCCUAUCCCAAUUCCAGUUCCGUCUAAGACACCUCUAGAGACUCCAAGUCACGGUGGGGUUAUCCAGCCAGUGCCAGAGGGGGCAGACAGGGGUAGAUCCAGAGCUAACAGGUCACAAUCACCAGGGAUGUCCGAAGGGGAAAGCAGAUUGGUUGUGAACAAAUUAGGUGGAAUGUUGACUCAGGGUCUCCCCUCACCCAGCGCCUCCAACACAAAGGAUGUGGAUUGGGUCAAAUCAGAGAGGCCAUUCCCUUCUCCAUCAUCCACACCCCACAGUGACGCAUCCUCCCCGAGAGCACAGUACAAUGAAUCGCCCUGCUCUGGUCCAGGGUCGGAGGGUCUGCCAGACUAUAAGCAGCAGCAGCAGCAGUCGACAGAGCGGCACGUCAUUCAAAGGGUUCUUCAGCGAACCCAAGUGAAGAUAGAGCCCAGUGCCAAUGGUGUGGUUGACCUAUCAGGGCUGGGGGAGCCAGGAACUGGGCAGGGUACCAGAUCAGGGCUCCACGACAUUAUCAGACCCACUCCCCCUCUACCACAGUCCCCUUCUCAUGACACUGUCUACCAUCACCAGGACUCCAACACCCCACGUUCGCACACACCUCCCAGCCCAACAGGGAGCAGUCAUCCCUAUGAUGCCCCACCCUCUGCACUGAAAUCUCACGAAAAUGGUCCAAACGGUUUGUCCUCAUCAUCCACACCAGCCAGUCCGGACUCCUCCUUACCCCAUCGAGCAGCAGUAGCACCACCCCCUGACCCCUCAAUUACUGAGCUGGAGGCUAUCAAAGAGAACAAGUGUUCAGUUGUUGGUGCAGUACGGGUUGAAGGCCCACUCAGUCAGUCAGAAGAACCCAUAGCAGUAGUAGGAGAGGUAGGAGAAGACCCCCAUGUUCCUGAUGAGGACCAUGCCUAUGCCCUACCCACAACGCCAAAGACAGGUGGGACCACCACCCCGCUGCUCUUGCCCAAACUCAGGGACAAGGGUAGCCUGCGGAGCCCUGCUAACAUACCCAACGCCGGUGACAUGGAGCCAGCUUUGAAGCGGCGAUGCCUACGAAUCCGCGAUCAGAAUAAGUAGAGGAUGGAGACUCCCUGUUAAACACUGUAUGGCAGAGCCAGAAUCAGUGCCACGCCCUCUUGUGGACAACACCAGUGCUAACACCCUCCAGCCUGUUCCUCAGCCUGUCAGCCCACCAGAGUGUUGCUCUGCCUGUAGACCAGCAGGGUGCCAACCCAGGAAGUAGUCCAGAUGGCCAUAUUAUCACAAGCAACAUGGGGAAAGUACCCAGCACAGUCACACAUUUUGUCUUGGACCAAAGAGUAUUGCUGGUUAAUGUGUUACUUUGUGUUUGGUGAGCAUGUGAUAUGAAGCAUCUCAAAUCUUCUACCUGUCUGACAUUGCCCUAAAGUGUGUCUGACUGUGUGUUUGUGUGAGUUAGCGUGGCUGCCCAGAUGCGCUCCUCCUCCUCUCCUUACUCUGCACAGCAGACAAGGCUCAGAUCAGCCUUGUGUGGUCUUCUCAGAUGGAGCCUGAACAUGAUCUCUUUCCAGGGGAAACGGUUUGUUUUCUCUGCCCGGCUUUCACAAAGAGCCACAUUGUUCGUCUCCACAUAUCCCACGCUGACUCCCCACUCCAGGUUUUGGGUUACCUGGCCGACGGGGGCUCAGACUUCAGGAGCUUUUUUAUUUUUUUGACCGACAGCCAGGAAUAUAGUACACCCUCCACCUCCUCUCAGCCCAAUCUAAAUACGGUACACAGUAACACACUCGUUCAGAGGUUUGAUUCCUCACAACUGAUUGCCUGUGAUUCCUUACUGCACUCUCAUGCCUUUCAACCUCCCCUAAGGGAGGAGUGAAAUUCUGCUGCGAUUAAGACUUUAUUCUUGGGCAGUUUUCACACUGUGUGAAGAGUCUCAUUGGGUUUUAAAGACAGAAGACUGAGUAUAUUAUAAUAUAAUCUCUGAUGACAGAGGACGCUGACUCCUCUUAAACUACACAGAAGUAAAUCUACUUAGAAUGUAUGAGCGGGACACCUACUGAUAUACAGUAGAUGAGAUGGUCUGGGAACACUAGUCAUCCUAAUGACGCUGGUCCAUAAAUGUGGCCAUGUACAGACCCUCCCAUACCAUUUAUGUGAUCUGCCAAAUUUCAUAGCUACCCAGAAUCACUGAAUCACUUUUAGCACCAAGUGCCAUGCAUGUUCAUAGAAAUGGGAUAUCCUGAACAUUUGUGGCACUGAUUCAGAUUUUUUAAUCUUACUGGCUGAGCUCAGAUGAUUCUAUAAAACAGGCUUGUCAUUUUACCAAAUGUGGUAUUAUAUUCAACUGUCAAAUGCUGCAGUAUGCAGUGAUCAGUAUUACAGUUCCCUCUGUUGGGGAUACCUGAUGAGAUCUGAUACAGCUACAUCACGCUGAGGCUUUGUCAACACUUGUCCCAUUGUAAGACUUCAGCUUUUCUAGUUGAACUCUACACAGAUACUAUUUGAUGUUAUAUUAACUUAUGGAUGAUGCAUUUGUAGAUUUUCACAAAAAAGUGCUUUAUUUCUUCAUUUGUUUUUUCUUUGAUGAUUGUAUUUCAUGAGUGCUGAAGCUCUUCAAUCUCCCACCGUGUGUAUGUUUAUAUCCUGUGUUGCCACUAGAGAGCAAUGUUUGCCUUUGUAACUUUGCACCUGCCUUUUCCUGACAAAAGCAGAGCAGAGAAAGCACCAGGAAGUCCAUAUGACAACGAUGAUAAUGAAACCCACGCAGUUACACCGAACACAUUGCACUUAGUGCCAACUGACUGAUAUCCAAUGCCAACUAGCUGUGCUUUACCUCCACAUUUUGCUGCCAUUAUUUUAUUAUUAUCUCCGUAUACUGUUAAUCACAACAAUUUCAUACUGAGAAGUCAUAGGUUGCAGUCAGCUGCCCUUCAAAGCCUUUUUUACGAGGAGUUCAACCGUCCCCCGGGAUAAGUAGUCACCAUAACCCAGUCCUAGAAUAACUCCUAAUGUGACCCACCCCUGCCAUCAUUCCAAAAGUACAUGCCAUCCGUUUGUGUGUGUCUGUUUGUCUGUGUGUGUGCGCCUACAGCGGCAACAUAUUUCACUGUCUCCCCACUCAUUCCAGCCCACAUCCUCAUCACAGGUCAUGCCAUUAUGUGAGUGUCAUCCUCGGCUGGCCAGGGGACUUUUAUCAACAGCUUGUUUGAGUCAGUGAUGACAUCACUCUGUGUAAAUAGCUGUGGUGUCAACAAGUGGUCCUCUACUGUGACAUCAGAGGCCCAAAAAAGACAAUCGAGACUGCCAUAAUUGGUUUUAUUGCACAUUUUUAUUCAUUGCCAUUUCUGACUGAGAUGAGUUACAUUUGUUUAUUCAAUGUUUUGUCAAAAAAUGGUGUGAAUGUCCAACUUUUUGUUGCUUUUUUCACCUGAAAUCCAAAGGUACUUUCUGACCUCCCCCUGAAAAACAUUUAACUGAAUAGACUGUUUGUAUUGAAGAUAGAUUCUGUAACCAAGAGCUUUGGUGGAGACCUCUUUGUAAUGUAAAAUAAAUAAAAGUUAUUCUAUGA